GGGGUUAGAUGAAAGUUAUACGGAGACAUGAGGAAAGAUUUUCUGCUGGCUUCUUAUCCUCCAAAAAAAUGCAAGUCUACAUGAAGGAAAAUUCAUUUUUCUCAGGCUGCCAGCUGGUUUUGACUAUUGAAAAAUCAGCAAAACCCAAACUGUACUGAACUCUACCCUGGUACUGUAACACUGAUUGCUCAUAUUAACCUCUACAGCAAGUUAUGUUUCACUGCACAACUUGCAUCCAUUUCAUUAGGGAGGAAAAUGCUUUGAAAAAUCGCUAAAUGACCUCAGUCUAUGACAAGUCUGUCAGUCUUCAGUGGCAGCGAUGGAAAAGAGUCCUUGCAGUGCUCCCUUGAUAGGCACAGUCCUCCCAUGAGGGAUCAGCAGUGUUUCUGCUCCAUCCAUUCCAUGGGUGCAUUUCAUUCCCGGAUUUUCCCUGCAUUUUGUCAUCGGACCUUGGGCGUGGUGGGCUGGCGGCAGGAAGUACCACAAAGCUGGGGUCCUGCUGAGGGAAGAAGGUGGCAUUGAGCCAAUAACCUUCACUUGGCGUGUGUGACAGUGACACACCUUUCCUGACUCACCCAAAGCCACCUUUGAAAUUCAAACCUGCCCUGAGUCUUUCCUAAUAAUUUAUUGAUAUCGGUGACCUUGUUGCAAAGGUCUGUGGACCCGAAAUGGGAGGUGAGACAAAGGGGAAGAGGUGGAGCACGGCUAGAGGCACUGGCAAAGCAGCCCUGGCCUCUCCGGUGCGAGGGCUCCUCUCUGCACAGCCCACACCAUGCUGGUGGCACUGCUUCUCCCCUUCCUGUGCCUCCUGAGCCCGGCUGCUGCUGGGAAGCUGCUGGUGAUCCCCAUGGAGGGCAGCCACUGGCUCAGCAUGAAAAAAGUGCUGCUCGAGCUGAGCAAGAGAGGGCAUGAAAUCGUGGUCAUUGCACCGGACAACACACUCCUGAUUGAUUCCUCGGGUGUCUACGAACUGAAAACCUACCCUAUGCCACUGAUGAAGGAGGUUGUAGAAGAACACAUUCGCUCCUUUACUUCAAAAUCUUUCAGCCAAGAGCCUUUCCUGGUGAGAUUCUGGAAGCUUUUGGCAGAGUAUCGGCAGAGCGGUGCCAUCUUUCAUGCUUCCUGCAAGUCCUUGCUGUACAACCAAGAGCUGAUGCAGUACAUCAGAGACAGUCACUUUGAUACCCUGCUCACGGAUCCUGUGUCACCUUGUGGGCAGAUCAUUGCCCUGCACUUCUCCAUCCCCAGUGUUUUCUUCCUGCGGCUGGUUCCGUGUGCCUUCGAGGUUCGCGCCGCUCAGGGCCCAGACCCACCAUCCUACGUGCCACGCAUGUUCUCGGGAAACACCGACCACAUGACCUUCUCCGAGAGGGUGAAGAACUUCCUGAUUGCCCUUUCCGAGUCCUUCAUCUGCAACAUUGCCUACUCUCCGUUUGAAGAGCUGGCCUCAGAGUUCCUCCAAAAGCCAAUGACAAUGACAGAGCUUUUAAGUCAUGGAUCCAUCUGGCUGAGGAGGAUCGACUUUGUCUUUGAGUAUCCCAUGCCUGUCAUGCCCAACAUGGUUUUCAUUGGAGGCAUCCACUGUGGAGAGAAGAAGAAGCUGUUAUCUCAGGUCAGUGGCUGGCUGGGAGAGCUUGUGGCAGUCACAUCUCUGCCUGAUCCAAGUGAGGUGUUUGAUAGGGAUGUAUCUUCUCUCUCCCGGAGGGAGACUAUUUACAAGAGCCUGAAGUGAUGGUACAAGAGCAAUGGCUUUAAGCUGUCAGAGGAAAGGAUUAGAUGGGAUAUUGGGAAGGAAUCCUUCCCUGAGAGGGUGGGGAGGCCCUGGCACAGGUUGCCCAGAGAAGCUGUGGCUGCUCUAGCCCUGGAAGUGUCCCAGGCCAAACUAGAUGACGCUUGGAGCAACCUGGGAUAGUGGAAGGUGUCCCUGCCCAUGGCAGGGGGUGGAAUGGGAUGAGCUUUAAGGUCCUUUUCAAUCCAAACCAUCCUGGCAUUCUUCAAUGACCAGGUCCCUCUUUCAAACUGUUGUUUUGUGUCA